CGGUGGCGGAGGGGUGGUGGGCGCAAGCAGUCUGGCCACCGGGGCCUGGCUUGGGUGUACGUGAGGCUUUUGCUUUACCAUGUGCUCGCUGUGCGAGACCUGAAGCUGGAACCGGAAGGCCGUAUUUUAAAUAGCAUUAUUGACAGGCAUUAGCGGGCAGGCUUUUUUUUUUUUUUAAAGCUCUUUGUCUGAUUGCAGCUCGGGAACGAACCAGAAAACGUAGCCAGGGGUGCUCCAGCCAGCGAUCGGAGCUGUGAACACGGUUGUAUACCUAAGGUGAAGUCUUUUCUUACCAUGAGGAAAAAUAAAGGUCGGACUGGUAGAAAGAGAAGAAGAAAACAAUACAGCAGUUUGCCUUCAAAUGGAGUAAACCAGAGUCACAAACUGGAAUAUAUACAACUUAGGAAGUGGCUGAAAGAGAGGGGGUUUGAUGACCGAAAUUUAAGACCAGCACAGUUUUCAGAUACGGGAAGAGGUCUAAUGACCACAAAAGCCUUUCAGGCAGGGGAACUGAUUAUUUCGUUGCCGGAGAAAUGCUUGCUCACCACUGGUACUGUCCUUAGUAGCUACCUUGGGGAAAACAUUGCAAAGUGGAAGCCUCCCAUAUCUCCUUUGAUAGCACUGUGCACAUUUUUAAUAGCAGAGAAAUAUGCUGGUGAGCAAUCUGUGUGGAAGCCUUACCUUGAUGUUUUACCAAAGACCUAUAUGUGCCCUGUUUGUCUGGAGCAAGAAGUAGUGAGACUUCUUCCUGAGCCCUUAAGAAGAAAGGCUGAGGAGCAAAGAACAGUGGUCCAGGAACUGUAUACCUCUUCCAAGACUUUUUUCUUUUCUCUGCAGUCUUUGUUUACUGAGAAUGUAGAAACUGUUUUUAACUACAAUGCCCUGCAGUGGGCUUGGUGCACCAUUAAUACUAGAACAGUGUACAUGAAGCAUUCACAGAGGGAAUGUUUCUCUAGAGAGCCAGAUGUUUAUGCACUAGCGCCUUAUUUAGAUCUGCUAAACCACAGUCCAAAUGUUCAGGUAAAAGCUGCAUUUAAUGAGCAGACGAGAUGUUAUGAAAUCAGGACAGAUUCACAUUGCAGAAGACAUGAAGAACUGUUUAUCUCUUACGGCCCUCAUGAUAAUCAGCGACUUCUGCUAGAAUAUGGAUUCGUUGCCAUCAACAACCCACAGAGUGGGGUUUAUGUCUCAACAGAUAUCCUUCUUAAACAUCUCCUUUCAGCAGACAAGCAGAGAAAUAUGAAGCUUUCCAUUCUAAAGGAUCAUAACUUGUUAGAAAAUUUGACGUUUGGAAGGGAUGGGCCAUCAUGGAGACUCCUCACGGCUCUCAAGUUGUUAUGUCUUGGAGCAGAUGAAUUUACCUACUGGAAGAAAGUGCUGCUUGGUGAUAAAAUUUCAGCCAGAAAUGAAGAGAGCAGUUUGAACAUAGCGGCAAAAAUAUGCUUUUCUUUAAUAGAGGAGACACAGCACAUCCUUCACCAGAUUUCCCAAAUGAAAAAGGACAAGGUGAACCUUGAAAACCAGCUGGCUUUGGUAGAAGUACUGCGCCUGGAAGAUCUGACAAUCCUGCAAACAUCAGCAGCGAUUCUGUACAACUUGCACACUGCAAUAACUUGACCUGUUCAGAAAGCAGACCAUGACUGUCACAGCACAGUGGCGUUUACUUACCAGGAGCUAGAGGCCUGCUUGACCCAAACAUUUUUGAUGACCAGUAGCAUCAAGGAAUAACGUAAAAUUAUGGUGGAAAAGCUGUCCAGUUUCAUUUAUGGUUGUUGGCAUCAGCCAUAGGGUCAUAUUCUGCGCCUCCUCUCCUGAGAGGCACAGCCUAGAAAAUGCAGGGGGCAAGAGUAGCUUUGUCACCUUUUGUGUCAUCUGGAUUCUGGGCUGCUGUUGGGACCAAAACAGCUCCUGGCAUAAUCAGAGCAGUCCCAGGGGCUGCAGUCCAGAAUCUCCAUAGUGCCAAGCAGCUACUCCCUGGUAUGUCCCUACUUUUGUGGCUUACAAGGGAGGGCAGUGCAGAGCUACUUGCCUCACCCGAUGUUAUUUGUGUGCCAGUGCCAUCCUCUGCUGACCCUUUUCUAUCUCAUUUAUGGUCCCUGGACUUGGCCUAUGCUCCAGACCUUAUAUAAUCAUCCCAGCCAUGUCAGCCCCAGAAUGACUGAAAAACAGUCAUCCAAUGCCCAACCCAAAUGCAUGUAUAGUACACUGAUGCUGGAGGCUCGGGUGGUGGCCAUCAUGCAGAAGUUUGGAUUUCCCUCCUCCAUUUUAAAAAUCUCCUCCAGAUUGUUGCUAAUCUAUGUGAUUAUUGCUCCUCCUCUGAACAACAAACGGAUGUGCUUGAGUUAUUUUGAGCUGUGGUGUUGUAACAGUUUGCAUGUUGGCUGUUCAGGAAAUCCACUCUGAUACUUUCCACCAGUCCUGAUUGUCACAUGGAGAAACUUCCUUCGCCUGUCCCCUUUUUGCCUUUCCUGAUCAAUCUGGCUGGAUAGUUGUUGGAGGGUUAGGGUAACUGUUGACAUUAGGACCAUACCUGUGUGAAUGGUCUUGUAUCUUACUACUUUUUUGUGUGCUUUCCUGCAGGCCCUUGGUCUCUCACUUUUGUGUUUUCUAGUAUGGAUCUUCUGCAUGUCAUCCAUUUACUGAUACCCUGGUAGCUGUGGAAAAGCUAAUGUGGGAUAAAGUCUUGGUCAAGGGAGAUAUGUGCAGGUGAUGGGCAAAGCUUGAAGAGGGAAGGAAAGGGGAUAUCUUAGGUUCCACGGCUAUGGGCUUGGUAUAAGGACGUAGAUAAAUGGCUACAAAGUCGGUUGAAAACUGUCAAGUGCACAGGGCCUGUACAGCUGGGGAGCUGGCUGACUUACAGAGUUAGAGGCAAAAAGGGACACUUAGAGUAUCUAGUCUGACCUACUGUAUAUCACAGGCCCCUAAAUUUCACCUGUAUUGAGCCUAAUAACUUGUUUGACUAAAGCCUAUCUUCCACUUUGGCAUCCAGUCUUGACUUGAAAUCAGUAAAGAUGGAGAAUCCACCACUUCUCAUGGUUCCAGUGGUUAACCACCGUCACUGCUAGAGAUUUGUGCCUUAUUUCCAGUUUGAAUUUGUCUGGCUUCUGCUUCACGCCAUUGGUUCUUGCUCUGCCUUUCUCUUCUAGUUUAAAGACCCUUUUAGUACCCAGUCUUUUCUCCCCAGGAAAGAACUUGUGCGCUGUAAUCAAGUCACCUCUCAAUGUUUUUGAUAUUGAGCUCUUUAAGUAUCUCAUUGUGAGGCAUUUUCUCCAGCCCUUGAAUCAUUUUAGGGAGCUCUUUUCUGCACCCUCUCCAAAUUUUCUACAUUGUUUUUAAAUUUUGGAUACCAGGACCGUAGGGGCAGAAUUCUAGUAUCGGUUUCACUAAUGCUGUGUACAGAGGUAAUAUCCUCCCCCUAUUCCUACUAGUAACUUUGUAUUUGUCUGGAUUAAAAUUCAUUUUGUCUGAAUGGGGCCAGCUUUACCAAGCAAUCCAGAUCACUUUGAAUGACUGCCCUGUCCUCAUUAUUAUUUAUCACUGUGCCAAUUUUUUUGUGUCCUGUGCAAAUUUUAUCAGCAGUGAUUUUUUUUUUUAUAUUUAUUUACUUCCAGAUCAUUGAUGAAAAUGAUGACUAGCUUUGGGACUAGUAGCAAUCUCUGCAAAACCCCACUAGAAACACUGCCUGACAGAUUGCCUCUCAAAGGACGUGUCUGCGGCCUGUGGAGUACAGGCACUACACGUGUAGCUACAGUCUGCAGUGAAAGGCAGGCUGUAUAUGCACUUGUUACUAUGGUGUGUAGCUACAGGCUGCAGUGAAAGUCUCCAGCCGCAGGGAAUGGGAAAAGGCUGUGGCAAUGGAGAAGCUGCUGGAAUCUUUCCUUGGUGCCGGAGCCUCUCACUGUGGAGGGAAAAGGCUCGGGCAGUGGGACGCGACACUGUUAAUAAUAGAAGCAUAGAUGUGGGUGUGUAGAGAGCCUGUGCUGGGUGUAUAUACCACGUGGUUCAAGUGUGUAGGAUAUGCUACUCGCCUAAGCAGUUCCUCCUCAUUUACACUGCUGUUUAUAUGUGUGCUAGCUGGGCGUGCGGUGUCUCUACAUUCAUGGCAGCAUGUAGACAGACCUUAAGCGUUACGCUGCCACAGUUCAGAUCAGCGGAGGUACCGGAGCUAGAGCUCUUUCAUUUUAAGCAGGAGGACUUUCUCAUAGCAGGUCUCUCGCCUCUGUAAUUUCCCCCUACCCACCCUUGGUCCACCAGUGCCUGAAUUUAUUAACCUUUCCAUCAUGCUGCAAGACUCUUCUGUUCACUUGGGCGUUUGGAAAGAUGGGUGGAGGGAGAAUUUUAUUUUUGUCAGAUAAUUACUGAAAUGGGAUGAAAAGCCUAGAUGAUGUGAAUAGAAGAGACUACUCUCUGGGAAGGGAGCUGAUUGCUACUUUAUUGCUCUUUUUACGGUACCCAAUUGCUCUUUGCCUGCUAUGUUACGGCAGCUCGUGGCCUCACACUGCAUCUUGUAAGGAAGUCUUACUAUAAUGUUAGUCAUACGUAAAAUGAACUAUAGUAUACAAAAAUAACAUAAGGCUGUAUUUUUUAUUGUGUGUUUGAACAGCUCCUAGCACACCUAAUAGGAGCCUGGGCCAUGACUAGGGCUCCUAUAUGUUAUGGUAAUACAAAUAAUAAGGUAAUAAAAAACUGAACAUACAUACAUACAUUUUAGUUACAUCCGCAAAGCCCAUCUAUUAAACACUUCUAAAAUAACUUAAUCUCUUUGAAGUGGUGGCAAGAGUCUCUACAAAUCACUCCCAGCAUUUUACACUCUCAGUUGUACCGUCGUGUAACAUGUCCUAGGGGCCCUUGCAGCAGCUGGGGAAGGGCCAGAGUGUUGCGAGUUCCAGCCAUGCUUGUGCCUGCUCUGACGUGACCGCUGUCCCCGGAGUGUUGAGAAGGGGUGGUGUGAAGCUGGCUAUGCCAACUCUGCUCCAGCUGAAAAUUCUCCUAGGUCAGGGGAAUUCUCAAUAGCUCAUGUGGAUCCUUUUUGUAUCACUGAGGCGGUUCAAAGGGAACUUCAGUGCUGAGGAGCUGGCCUGAGGACUUCAGGCCGUUAGCUGUGACUAAUGCCAGGAACUGAUUUUCUGCUUAGUUUCAUUUAAUAAAAUUAUCCCUAGAGAACGUAGGUGUGACCCUGAGUUGCUAUCAAUCUGCAUAUUUCUAUGUAGUUAAUGGAACUAGGCCAGUGUAUACCAGCUGAAGAUCUGGCCUUGCGUAUGUUGAAUAGUUAAUAGCAGUGUUUUACAGAGUUAGACAGAGGGGUUUAGAAAUUAUUUUGAGGUGAUAUGGGGCUAUAAUUAAGAUUUUUUUUGGGGGGGUGGAGAUUGCUGUGCUAAGAGCUAUUUCCAUUUCUCUAGGUAUGCUAGGUGGCCUUGGACUUGCAAGAAUAUACUACAGUUUGAUGUUAGUAGACUAACGUCAAAGGCAAAAUCCUGCCCCACCCUUAAGUAUGAAGUCACAAUCAGUGCCUGUGUAGUACGCUUCAACAUCAGCUUUGCUGAAUUGCAGCCUUAGGCACAUGUGUAAGACUUCAGUGGGGCUUAAGUGGUUUGCUGAAUCAGGGUGUAAAAUACAUCUGAGCUAAGGCAUCCUAAGAUGGUUUACCUAACCACUUUUGCACAUUCUUAGCUUCUCUAGCUCUCAUUCUAGAUGCUCAAAAGGACUCUUGUUAUCUUAGUAGUUUAGUUUUAGUAACUUGCUGUUAGUUAACAUUUGGCUCAAAGAGUUUAAUCGGUCUGUCAUUUAAGUGUAGCUCUAUUAUGAAAAGAGACACUGUAAAAAUAGGCCAUUCUCAUUCAUUCCACAGAUCUACUCCCUGUGGGUGUCCAAGGCAGAUCUGCAAACUUCAGUACCACCACUAUGGUUUUUACUACAUUUUACUCUUGUCAGUGAUGCAGCACCACUAUAGAUUUGGGGGAAGCAAGUUAUAUUCAGUUCUGACUUGGCAUCAGCAGCAGAACAGUUAGAGUCCCAAAUACAGAGCUAUGCCUUCAGUUAUACUUGUGCAACUACAGAGAAGACAAUAGGACUACAUAGGUGUAACAGCAGCAGGAGCAAAAUUUUCAUGGCUGGUGACAAUACUUAAGGCAAGAAAUAACUCAGCUUGACUCUCAGAUCCUAAGGUGCGCUGCUGGCAUUUAGCGGGGGAAAGGUGGUCUUUUUGUUUGUGUGUGUGUGUGUGUGUGUGUGUGUGUGUAUGAGAGCUGAACAAAUGAAAUCUGGAGUCACUGAAAAAUUAUAAACAUGGCACCCUACAAUGCUAUCUUCCCUGAGUCGCUUUUUAGAAUAGAACCUCACUUUAAAGUGAACAUCCUGUGGAUUUUCUUUGAUCUCUUCUGGCGAGCGGCUUCUGGUUUUCACAUUUCUUUAGCGAUAGGGUGGAGAUCAUUCAUAAUUUCUUAAUGUUUUUAGAUCUAACUGUUCAGAACAAGAUAAGAUAGCAUCAGCUCUCAAGCCCUGUUAAUUAAAGCUUUACGUACACGAUGAAAAUGUUUAAAAAAUGACACUCCCUAAGGAAGAAAUCUUUAAGUGAAGGAUACAUUGCCCCUCUGAGGUUGAACGCUCCCUGCAAAUAUAAAAUCUUUUUGAAGACGGUCCUUGGGAAUUAUCUGAAGUGGUUGCAAGCACUUAGUGCAUCUAUAAUUAUAGAUGAACGUGAUAAAGAGAAUGCUGGGAAAGGUUUGCUGCACCAUCUGCCUGGUUUGUUUAAUUAUACAGUACACCUGGAUUAAGUUUGCUGAACACUUUGCAAACCUGCCCUUGUGUUCAUUUUUGCAGCAAAAUCAUGUGGAAUUCAUAGUGUUUCAUCAUUUCAACAUGAAACCAAGAGAAUCUUGGCAUUCGUGACUGGUUUUAGUCAUAUCUAAAACCCAAGCUCAUACGAUGUUAAUUCACACACUGAAAUGGAAAGAAAUCACAUAAUUCCCAUGAGUUUUAUAUUUUAAUAUUCUUUAGGAUGUCUAAAACGCUGCAAUGAAGUUCUGUAUUAUUAUUAUUCAUUUAUAUUAUAUAUUGCCAUAACGCCUAGGAGCCCCAGUCACAGACCAGGACCCCAUUGUGCUAGAUGCUGCACACAGAACAAAGAGACAGUCCCUACCCCAAGGACCUUACAAUCUGCAUAUAGAACAUGAGCUGACAGAUACCAGCAGAUGAGGUAAUACAAGGAAACUGAGGCAAUACUGUGCAAAUAGACAACAUAGUCAUGGUGGGGGAAGAGGUAGAACACACAAGCAGAGUGAACAGUGUGAUGGCAACAAAUGGCAUAUGUUAGUUAUUUCCAUAAGUUUUUGGAGGGAGACAGGUUGGUGGAUUUACUUUGGAGGGGAUCAGCUAAAUGGAAAGAGAAGGAAAGGAGAGAGUAGAAGGGGCAGGUGUUGAGAGGCUGAGGUGAAGAGACCUGCAGAGGGGAAGGGGAGGGUUAGAGUGAACAGCCAAUCAGCACAGGACAUAGAAUUAGAGAACAGUCUCAUUUUGGCUGGAAUGCCCAGAGGUUUCUACUUUGCCAUUAGUCAUAAUAUACCAGUAAGCAAAGAAUUAAUGUGAAACAGUUUCUCAUUUAUUGUUUCUGCUAACCACACAAUGUGCUAAGUUCAGAACAAACACAAAGGUGUUUGAAAACAAAAUACUGAUCAAACUGCAUGAAAUUAGUGUAAUUUCUGUAGAUGUCCACUAGAUGAUGCAAAUGUACUGCAGAAAGAGAGGAAACUACAUUCUAUCAAGAAAUAAUUUAUAUUUGCUGUAAUAUUAAUAUUAGGGGGAGAGUAUCAUUUUUUCAGUGGGCUGUUACUUGAUUUCCAUAGUCAAGAAAAAUACCCAUUUGUUUAGUUGCUGUUAGGAUCAAGUUACAAAGCUUAUAUUCUAGUCUGCUUCAAUUUUGGUUCCAGGAUACUAAGAAACAUGGAUGCGAGAAGAAGCUUGUGUCUUGCACCAAUAGAAGUUGUCACCUCAACCACCUUGUCAUUUUAGUCCUCUGCAUUUAGGACACAACAGAAGCAAAAUGUCUUGAAGGAACAUUCUCUUAUUCGUCAUGCUUCCAUCUUUUUAUGUUUUAUCUAUCUUUUUUGUAGUAGCCUCCCCAAAUUUAGAGCAUGUCUGAAACUCCAGUCCAAGACACGGACACAGACCUUGGGUGAAUUCUGGUCUGAUGCUGUUCUAGUUCAAUCCCAUUGACUGAGGUCUAGUCUACGCUACAGAAUUCGCUCAACACAGUGCAGCAAAAGUUGACCUAAUUCUGUGUCUAUACUAACAUUUCACUCCUGCCAACAUAACUGCCCUGCUAUGAUAAUAACUCCACCUCCAUGAGAGGCAUAGAGUCAAUGUCGAUGUAGUUAGGUCAACACAAUGUCAGUGUAGACUCUGUUGCUUACAUUGACUUUCAGAAGGCAUCCCAGAAUGCCCUACACUGACAAUAUAAUUGGGACAAGCACUCCUAGUGAGGAUGUGCACUUCUGACACAAGAAGUGUAGUAUGGACACGCGAAAGUGAUUUAAUUAUUGCAGUGGCUGUAUGCCGACCUGACUGAGGUUGCCAUAAUUUUGUAGUAUAGACAUGCCCUUAAUGAGGUUGCCCUGGUGUAAUUGAGUACUGUCCACUCUUCUUUUUCACAGAUUUGGGUCCUGAAUUCUCCUCUCAUUUACACUGAUGUAGCUCCAUUGUCACCGAUUGGACAUGUACAUACUUGGGGCUGCCAGCCUCAUGUCACCUGCAGCUACAUUCCAUUUUUAGUGCACUACCUCAAUCAGAGCUACCUCAAUCAGAGCUAGCUAGUAUGUCUCCUCAAAUUGGGAAUUAUACCUCCAGCUCAAAGUGUAGCCGUACCAUUAGAUAUAGAGAGAAGUGCAGUGCCACAAACACUGCAACUUUUGGUCUGCAAAAUGCCAAAGAAAGUUCUAAUACCUGGCUGUUUUUAAUCAUUGUUAAAAUCAAAAUGCUGAAAACCCACUGUGACACUAGCAGGCCAGGUGCCAGCUCUCGCCAAGGCUGCAGGCAUUAGCUAAGAACUGACAAACUCAUAGCUGGAGACCAGACCAGUUUACUUUUGUGUUAGUUUUGCUCAAAAUAGGUAUUAGUCUUACAAGAAUGUAUUUAGUGUUCAGACUCUAUAGAGUGUCUAUUUGUGCUGCAUGCAUUAAUUGUAUUUGUAACGUCUGUAUUCCAUGCUAUAAAGAAAUAUGUAACUUUUGCUUUAUAACUUUGAAAAUGUUUGCUCUAAACUUGUGAACUCAGAUGGGAAGAGUGUUUCUCCCCAGCCAUCCAGAAAAACUAUCAAAAUCAGAUGGAUCAUCAAGGAACGUUGCAAUACAAAGGAUUGGUGAAUGGCCCUGUUGCAUCUUGGAAAUGAUACGUGCAAGGAAGCUUGUCCUAUGGACUUGGAGGCUGAAUCUAGGAAAUAAAACAAAGAUACAAAAAAAUUUUCCAUCUCUUUGCUGUUUGAACAUCUCACAGGGACAGAAAUGCUAAACUGAGGCCAAGAUCCCCAGGGUUUACCCGCUGGGACUGCCCUGAAAGACCUCUUGAAUUGACAGAUCAUCACAUCUCUGUCAUUUUUAGGAACCAUAGAGGGUAACUCAUUUGUGUGUAUAUAUUUGCUUGCUUUAACCUGUAUAUAACUCUCUUGUUUCUUUUUCCUAGUUAAUACAUAAUUUAUUACAG